GUUCAAUCGUCUAAAACUGAAAAAAAAAAAAAAAUUGAAAGAAAUCCCAAAAUUCCAAAAUGUCGGAGACGAAGGCCGAGAGCAAGAACAAAAACCCUAAGAAGGUCAAUCUCUCAGAUCACAGCUCCAUCAAGCAUCUCCUCGACGAGUCCGUCUCCGAGAUUGUUAAGAGUCGCGGGUAUGUGGAGAAUACGAGGCUGAGCAACUUGAAGUUGUUGAUUGGAACCGUUGUAAUAAUCAUUGCUCUGUUUGCUCAGUUCUACAACAAGAAAUUUCCGGAAAACCGAGAUUUCCUGCUUGGAUGCAUUGCAUUGUAUGUCAUCGUUAAUGGGAUACUACAGGUGGUCUCAUACACGAAGGAUAAAAAUGCAAUCUUGUUCACUCAUCCUCCUGCGGGAGCCUUUAGCACUGGGCUGGUCGUGUCUUCCAAGUUACCAAGAUUUUCUGACUUGUACACGCUUACAGUAGCCAGUGCAGAUCCAGAAUCAAUAUCUGCAAACAAACCGGUGGAAUUCACAAAGAGCGUUACUCAAUGGUUUACUAAGGAUGGAUUGUUGGUGGAAGGCCUUUUCUGGAAGGAAGUAGACGGACUGAUAAACGAUUACGCAAAAGAACCUAAGAAGAGCAAGUGAAUUCUGGCUUUUCGGGGAACCCCAUCUGGUUCAGUUUUUACACAGAAUGAACAUUUUAAAGUUUUGUGAUUUUAGUAUGAACUUCUGAACUUGGUUGGAUUAUGGAAGUUUGGUAAAAUUGUUUUUUCGCA